AUGGAGACACCCGAGGAUAGCAACAAAGGCCCGAUCGAUAGGGUCUCAUCUGUGAACGAGCACGUAUCGGUUGAGAUCCGACCGGAGGAUGAGAGGGCACUGGUAUGGAGGCUCGAUUGCUUCUUCCUUGUCGUGGGGUUCCUGGGAUAUGCGUUCAAGUACCUGGAUCAAACGAACAUUAGCAAUGCCUAUGUUUCCGGUAUGGAGACAGAUCUUGAGCUCUAUGGGAAUGAAUACAAUUAUUUCACGACCUUCUUCAAUAUCGGGUACAUGAUUAUGCUUUAUCCCUCGUGCAUCAUCAUUUCUCACAUCGGGCCAUCGAUAUGGCUGCCAGCGUGCGAGGUGUUGUGGGGUAUCCUUACCUGCUGCUUAUCCACAGUCACGUCUGCUAAGCAGGUGUAUGGCUUGCGUUUCCUUAUUGGCUUCUUCGAAGGUGCGACGUGGCCUGGCUACUUUACCAUUAUCAGCCAAUGGUAUCUCCCCCAUGAGAUGGCCUUGCGUAUGAGCCUAUAUAACAUGGCCCAGCCAGUUGGGGCUAUGCUUUCUGGCGCCAUGCAGGGCGCAAUGUCUACCAACCUGGAAGGUGUUAUGGGGCGAAGUGGCUGGCGAUGGGCUUUCAUAAUAAACGGCGUUUGCACAAUCUUCAUCGCUUUAUUAGCCUUCAUCAUAUUACCUGGCUUUCCUGAAAGGCAAAACCCAUUGUCGAAGAUCUAUCUCAGGCCACAGCAUAUUAAGACUGCUAUCGCACGCACACGCCGCGUGGGCCGGAAACCGCAGAUCGGCAUCCAAGUCAAAAGCUUUCUGCGCUGUUUCAGAUUCUGGCAUCUAUGGCUGUUCGCCAUUGCUUGGGCCAUCGGCACCGGCACAACGCCAACGAGCUACUUCAACCUCUGGCUCAAGUCGUUGAAGAACCCUGAUGGAACCGCCAAAUACUCUGUGGCUAUGCUCGAUUACCUUCCGAUCGCUGGUCAAGCCAUCCAACUUGUUGCUGAGAUCUUUUUCAGCGGUUUCAGUGACUAUUUCGGAGUCAGACUGCCGUUCCUUCUCUUGCAUGCGGUAAUCAACAUUGUAUCUCUGAUUAUCCUGACGAUACAACCGAGCAAUGAGCACGCAUAUAUGGCUGGGUGGUAUAUGGAUUAUGUCGGAGCGGUCUCGACAAUGCUUUUGUGUGCGUGGGCAUCUGCCCAUCUGGAGACGGAGCCGCAAGUCCGCACCGUCUUGUUUGCUACCGGAACUCUCUUCUCGUACUUAUUGAGUGCCUUCCUUCCCAUAGCUGCAUACCCAGCAUCGGAAGCUCCUCACUGGCGCAUUGGAGCAAAGCUAUACCUCGGCCUUUCGUGCUUGGCAGCGGUGUUGUUUGUUUGCAUCCAUUUUGCCUUCAAAUGGGAAGAACAGAAGAAGGCCAAGACACGUCGGGUUGAGGAUUGGAAUGUGACUGCAGACGAGGAUAGGGUCAGUGAAGGGACGGUAGUUUAG